UCUUUGCUUGCUCGACCGUUUUCUCCUUCCUGGUAUAUUGGGCGCCGGCGUCCAUUUGGCACCUUCCCCUGCUAAACGUUUCGCUUCUCUAACUGCAUCCAUUCUUCUUCUUCAUCUUCAUCUUCUUUUUCUUCCUCCUCCUCUUGUUCCCGUUUUCGUUUUUGGGUCUGCUAAUCCAGUCAUGCAUCUCUAUUACUUGAUGCAUUUGGGAGCACUCCAUCGUCAUUCUCCUCUCUGGCUUUCUCAAUUCUUCAUGGACAAUUCUUUUCUUCAGGGGUGGCUAACAUCGAUGUCAACUUUUCUUCCAAAGUCAAUGUCAAUUACUAGUACUCCCUCCGUCCCAUAUUAAGUGACUCAGAUAUAUUUGUGUCACUUUUGAUUUUGAAUAAUUCUUCCAAAGUAGGGAGACUCAUGCUGUAUUUAUCCCCAUUUUUAUGGAAUCCACCACUUGUUUAAGUUUUAGUUCUUCUCUUGGGAGACUCAGCCUCUGUUUUGGAUGCUUCCAACGCCACAAGAAGGGCUGCCUGCCUCUCUCUGCUGCCUCGGGGAAUCAGUAGUGUGCCUGGUCUCCUCCCUGCCUUCUUGAUUUCGCUGUUUGAAUCCCACGGCUGAUGCUUAUUCUAAUUAGCAACUAAUUUGGCACAAAUGUAGUACAGCGUAUUUUGUUCCCUUCCUGUUGGUUGUACAUCCUGAUGCAACUUGGAAUGUCUCAUACUGUAGCAGAAAAAUAUUCAAAACUUUGGAACUGUUAUCUUUAAUUACCACUCCUAGAGCCCAUCCAAUAAUAAUAAUAAUGCCUAGAGCCUCCAGCCCAAAGUUACCUUGCCACUUGUUGGAUGCUUCCAAGGAGCUGUCCACACAGCUCUAUGCUGUGCCAUGACAGCCUUGGUUUGUGCUGGUUAGUUUAUUCAGCUUGGAAAAUCUGCCCUGAUUAGUGCUACUUGAGAACGGCUUUGCCAAACUCCAUACCCUUCUAGACCUUCUUCACAUUUCACAUUCCCAACCUAAAACUUGGAAUGGUUUUCAAGCAACGCAACUUCCUGGUUUUCGACAAAAGAAAAGGGCAACAUCAGUAGGAUCCCCCCCAUUUGGAACCUACAAUUUGCUUCUUUAAAUUUCUUCAGGCCUUAGAUUAGCUCUCCUAGCUGUCCACUAAUUGCUUUGGUAACAGAAGCUAUUCAAUCAUUUUGAUGCUGGAAGCAGAAACUAAGUUCAUCAGAAAUGGAUCAGGAAGCCAACAGGAGUUGGAAGUCUCCCUCUGGAAGAAUUCAUGGUACGAAGGGCAGAGAAUCUUCGCCGAGACGUGGUACUGAGUGCUCCAUCAACUCCACAGAUUUCCAAGAGAGUCCAGAGCCGUCAUUGGUGGCUUCGCCAUCAGGAUCAUCCUCAUCCUUCUCCAAAAGUACAAGCCUAAAAUUGAGCGGUGUCAACUCACCUGCAUCAACCACCAGCACACAUAUUGAGGCUUUCAGGGUAUUUGCAGCGACAUGGAACGUCGGCGGGAAAACCCCAGAUAUGGAUCUGAAUCUCAAUGACUUGCUGCCUUCAGAUGACCAAUCGGACAUUUAUGUUCUAGGGUUCCAGGAGAUCGUCCCUCUCAACGCCGGCAACGUGCUGGUGAACGAGGACAGCGUGCCGGCUAUGAGGUGGCUGGCGCUCAUCGACCAUGCCCUGAACCGGCCUUCUUCUUCCUCGUCUCCGGCGAUGCCGACGGCGAGCCACUCCUUCAUCCAGUCGACCUCCUCCCCACGGAAGCUCCGCCGCCGCCGGCCGCCGCCUUCGACGUCAUCGUCAUGCCUGGCGAUCAGCUGCGGCCGUCGCCGUCGCUGGCGCCAUCACGGCGAAACUUCGUCUUCCUCCGACGAGGAGAACGACGCCGUCCAGCCGCUGCCGCCGCCGUCUUCUUCUUCGUCUCUACCUCCGGCGAGGAAGAGAACGGACGGCGGCGGCGGCUACCUCAUGGUGGCGAGCGAGCAGAUGGUGGGCCUGUUCGCGACGGUAUGGGCCAGACGGGCCGUGGCCCCUCACAUGGCACACGUCCGGGUGAGCCGCGUGGGCCUGGGCCUGAUGGGCCGGCGGCUCGGCAACAAGGGCUCCAUCUCCAUCUCCCUCGCCCUCCACCAAACCCUCCUCUGCUUCGUCUGCUCCCACCUCGCCUCCGGCGAGCGCCCCGCUGACGAGCUCCGCCGCAACGCCGACGUCCUCCAGAUCCUCUCCCACACCCGCUUCCGCUCCCUCUCCGGCCGCCGCCAUCGACUCCCACUCCCCCGCCGCAUCCUGGACCACCAGAGGGUGAUAUGGGUGGGGGACAUGAACUACAGGAUCGGGAUGGGGUACGGGGAGGCGAGGGCGCUUGUGGACGGCGGGGACUGGAGCGCGCUGCUGGAGAAGGACCAGCUGAGCGCGGAGAUCAAUGGCGGCGGGGUGCUGUCCGGGUGGAGCGAGGGGGAGAUUUGCUUCCCGCCGACCUAUAAGUACUCCUCCAACUCCGAUUGCUACGCCGGAGACGGAGAAGACGGUGCCGCGGCGGCGAAGAAGAAGAAGCGGAGGACGCCGGCGUGGUGUGACAGGAUUUUGUGGCACGGGGAGGGGAUCGUGCAGAGGGGGUAUGGGAGAGGGGAGUCGAGGUUCUCCGACCACCGCCCCGUCUGCGCCGCCUUCCUCGUCGACGUCACCGUCCGGGACGACAUGCUGACCAAGCUCGUCGGCGCGACGGCCAGCAUGAAGGUCGGCGCGGAGCUCCUUCUCCUACCCGACGAACCCUAGCUCGCGCCAUUGAUUUUUGCGCAAAAGCCGAUUUAUGCCAACUUGCCAAGAAAAACCUUGGAUGUCGAGAUGAGCUGAUUUUGAAGAAUCGACGAGGCAAGGUUGAUUUGUUCGUGUGGUAGAGCAUAGUUGAGAAAAGAAAGAUUGACCCUUUGCUUCUAGUUUUUACUUAAACGAAAUGAAGAUUGACUUGUGGAGGGAAAUGUCACGUGUGGAGAGAAAUCUUGUCAUCUACGAAUAUAUCUACUCUACUAACGUUUGCUCCUUAAUCUCGGUGGAGCGAAUGCUCGGUGAAGAGGAAGAACAUGGCAACCUGCCACCUUUGGCCCCGA